CACUAAAACAAUCCUGGCGGGAAAAUGUCCGUGCAGUCCUUUCACUCUCGUAUAAAACCCUAAGUGCAUCCUUUUGUCUCCCAAACGCUUCCCAUUUUCCUUCCCCUUUUCUCUCAUUUCAGAGCUCUAUAUUACUCGAUUCAAUUCGAUCUUUCACUCUCAACCUCUUUCAAUAUGAUCUGGAAGGCGGUUUAAUCAAUUGUACUGGGCUUAAAGUUUCGAUUCUGUGGGUUCUCUGGUGCUAAAAGUUAAGUUAUUAUUAUUAUUAUUAUUAUUAUUAUUAUUUUUUGGUUAAGAAUGGAUGGAGCUUUUGAGGACGAGAAUGAGCAGACUAUAACCAUCAAUGAGUAUCUUAACAAGGUCGAAGCUGAGGAGUUGGAAGCGGAUUUAGUUUUGGGGGGAGAUGAGGGUAAAGAGUGCACCUAUGCUGUGGGCUAUAUGAAGAGACAAGCAAUUUUCUCAUGCCUUACCUGCACUCCAGAUGGGACUGCUGGAGUUUGCACUGCUUGCAGCUUGUCUUGUCAUGAUGGCCAUGAGAUUGUGGAGUUAUGGACCAAGAGGAAUUUUCGCUGUGACUGUGGAAAUUCAAAAUUUGGAGAGUUCUUUUGCAAGCUCUUCCCAAAGAAGGAUGUAGAAAAUGCAGAGAAUUCAUAUAACCAUAAUUUUAAAGGCUUAUACUGCACUUGUGGUCGGCCCUAUCCUGAUCCAGAUGUUGAAGAACAGGAAGAGAUGAUUCAGUGCAUCAUGUGUGAGGACUGGUUCCAUGAGGAACAUCUUGAUCUCGAGUCUGCCAAUGAGAUUCCAAGGGAUGAGGAAGGAGAGCCGCUGUAUGAGGAUUUCAUAUGCAAGACAUGCUCGGCAAUUUGUUCUUUUCUGACACCAUAUCCUCGGACUAUAUGGGCAGCAGGAGGGAAGAGAGAUGAUGCUACUGCAAGUAAUAGGAAGGAUAAAAAUGUGUUAGAAGAUGUAUCUUCAGCAUGUGGAUCUGGAAAGCUUGAGAAUGAUGCUUGUUCUCAUGGUUCUUCUGGAGAUGAUAAUGCAAUGGCUAAUUUGAAUGGUGAUUCUGUGCCUGUUGCAGAGGCAUCUGUUAUUGGAGAGAAUUCUGAGAAGAAUAUCGGUUCAGAUCAAAGCACAAAAAAAGCUGAUCUUCAGAGUACUUGUGUUCUUGGAGUUAAUCCUGCUACUCUGCUUGUUUCAGAAAGUAAACCACUGUUUCUUUCUAAAAAUUGGAGGGAUAUCCUCUGCAAAUGUGAAAAGUGCCUAGAAAUGUACAAUCACAAGCACAUAAUUUAUCUGCUUGACAAGGAGGACUCGAUUGCUGAGUAUGAAAAAAUGGCAAAGGAGAAGAGAGAAGAAAAAUUGCAGAAGCAAGAGGGUGCUGAGCUGAGCUUUUUUAAUAAGCUGGGUCAUGUAGAGAAGAUGGAGAUAUUGAAUGGCAUUGCAGACUUUAAGGAGGAGUUUCGUACUUUUCUGGAGUCAUUUGACACAUCGAAGACGAUAACAUCUUCUGAUGUCCACCAGAUAUUUGAAAAUCUGGCAAAGAAGCGCCGGCGUGUGGAGUGAGGUGUUUUAGUUUCUCGUGUUUGCAAUGUUAUCUUUACUUGAGUUGGUCUUUUGGAGCUGAAUCUAAAUCUAGAUCGUUUAGAAAUCAUGCACAAGGCUGUUUGUUUCUAAGUCAGAACGUUCUAGUUGUACGAACCGUCAUACCUUGUAGAAAUUCUGUGUCUAUUCAGCUUAAAUUUAACUAGAAACUUUCGUGCUAA